ACGUGUCUUUAGUUAUCAGCUGACUGUCAAACAAUUUAAAUCGGUCAGUGUUGUGUCUGUAAAAAUUAAUUUUCCACCUACUUAGAAACAAUCUAAACUCUUUCAUCUGCUAGUAAAUCAGUCUUGAAAAUGCCCCUUGAAACUCAGUAUAACCUCAGAAGUCCUGGUGUGAAACGUUUAAUGAGAGAGGCAAUGGAACUGGCCUCACCCACUGAGGAAUACUAUGCAGCACCACUUGAUGACAACUUGUUUGAAUGGCAUUUUACUGUUCGAGGACCACCAGAUACUGAAUUUGAUGGAGGCUACUAUCAUGGAAGAAUUCUAUUACCUCCGCAGUAUCCUAUGCAACCUCCAAAUAUUAUACUACUCACACCUAAUGGAAGGUUUGAAACCAACAAAAAGAUAUGUUUAUCCAUAUCUGGAUAUCAUCCAGAAUCAUGGCAGCCAUCUUGGUCCAUCAGGACUGCACUCCUAGCCCUUAUAGCGUUUAUGCCCACAAAGUCUACAGCCACAAUAGGUGCAUUGGAUUAUACAAAAGAAGAGAGACAAGCUUUAGCUAAAAAAUCAAAAAACUGGUCAUGUUCAAUAUGUGGUACAAUAGUAGAUAAACUGUUAGAACCGGGAACCUCAGCUAGUCCAAUCUUAACUAAAGAAGAGAGCAGUAUUUUGGAAAAUGUCGCACUGAAGGCUGAAGAAGAUCAAACAGAAAGGAAUGAGGCACUGCAAGAAUCAAAUCUUACUGAUGCUUCUGAGGAAAACAAAACAGAAGCAACUUGUCUUAAAAAAACUCCAAGAGCAGUGCCUAUAUUUCCUAAUGAAAACGAAGCGCAUAAAGAAGAGCAAAAUGUACAGGACAGUUUAAGACAAAGAAAUCUUCAAAAUACUUCUGAGGUAACUGAGAUGCAAAACACUAUUACCGAUGAAAUUUUAAGGGCUAGUAUACAGAGGAGCAAACGGGAUAGAUUCUGGACCUGUGUAAUAAUCUUUCUAGUAUUCAUAAUAGUUGUUUUGAUUUUGCGAAGGAUGUUUUUUAUGUAGUUUUAUCGACCCCUACAAUUUUUGUACUAUUACAACUUUAUACAACAUACAUGCAUAUAUAAGUAAUGAUCUACAACCAAAGUACCUUUUUGUACUUUGUUAAUAUAUCAUUUAUAUGUUUGUUAUAUAUGAUUUAUUAUUAUAUUUGAAUGAAACUGG